CAUACUCAUAUAAAAUCACAGCAAGAGUCGCCGGCACUCCGACAUCCUUGCACUCCCAACGACACACACCCACAAAAAAAACAAGUAGCAAAUCUUAUUCAAAAUGGUUCUUGCCAUCGACCUCAUCAACCGACCUGCCUCUGUCCAGGCUCGUACCCACAAGCUCAAGAAGAUUGUCCCUGAGCCCAACUCUUUCUUCAUGGACGUCAAGUGCCCUGGGUGCUUUGCCAUCACCACUGUCUUCUCCCACGCCUCUACCGUCGUUCAGUGCCAAGGAUGCGCCACCGCUCUUUGCCAACCCACCGGUGGUAAGGCCAAGUUGACUGAAGGCUGCUCUUUCCGUCGAAAGAACUAAAUCAAACCAAAUGAGAGUGUGUGGAGGAUGUGCGGAGGUUGGAUUUGGAUUUGAUUCGGUUUUAGCAUGCCUUUCUUCAUGUCAUCUUAUUUCAUCGCACAUGGGAUAAAAAGAAAACAUGGGAUAAUC